AUGUAUGGGUUGCCAUCGGCUGGUGGCGCAGCGCGUGGGGUGGCAGGUGGUGCUCCCCCACCACCACCUGCUGGUGGAGUUGUUCGUGGUCGGCCACCAGCGCGUGAGGCUCCGAAGCCCGCGUCCAGUGCACGUGCAACAGCAGGACAGUUAUUAUUGUUGAGGGGCUACGGGGAGCUACGUGGGGAGUUGGACGAGAAUUUGAAGCCCAUCACAUUUCAAAGCAAUCUUCUUUUUUUGGUAUCCCAAAGUCAAGCCCUUGACACCUCCCCAUCCGUUUCAAUGACAGGGCGCCAAGCAAAUUGCCAGGACCGGCGAGCCCCAGCCUCACGCACCAGAAAGUCCACUCAAUCUGCUGACUAUGGUUCCCUCUACGAGAUUGAACAGGAGCAUUUGAUCAACCUUUUGUCGAAAUGUGAUCGUACCCAGUGGAACUCCCAUGUUGUCCAGGGAUUGUCCCCUCAGGAUGCAGCAGAUGCUAGGGAGUACAAACCAUACAUCACCAAUGGCAUCCAGUCAGAAUAUUGCGACAACUUCCUGAAGCUCAAGACCCUGGAGCCCAAGGUCACCCAGAAUAAGAAGAGUGACAAGUGGAUGGUGAGCUCCCCAUCAUUGUGCUACUCCAAGUACGUGCAGGAUUUGUUUGCAUCCAUGAAGCGCACCAAAUCGAAGUCGCCAUCACGUUCUCGAUCUCCUCGGAUGACUGCAGCAUCACCGAAUGCCAUUGCUGAAGCUGUUGAAGAGACUGAGGUGUGCGACAGAUCACUCUUGUGGGAUGAUCGCGAUUUGGAUGAUGACUGCAAGGCUGAUCAGGGGAUGGAGCUUCAGGGAACCAUUGAGCAGGGUUCCAUGGCGCGGCUUCGCAAGGAAGCAAAUGCAGCUCAGAACCAAUUUUUGAAAUCUGUGCAAAUGCUGUCCAAUGCCCUUUUACCAGUGGUGGGCAUCGAUUCGUUUUUGCCACGGUCUGCAAACCCCAGUGGUGGUUCUGAUAGAGAUGCUUUGACCAAGAACCCUGUUCUCAUCGCAUGUGCUGACGAGGCUUGCUAUACCGUCUUGCGGUCUCUGGGGUUCUUGGUGGACAUCGACGACAUGAAGUUUGACCUGGAGAUGACGCCAGAAGCCGCACCAGAAGAAGUUUUCACGACUGUGACAACUUCCAAGUUCCACCUGUGGAAUUUGAAGUUUGGGGCUUGUCGACGGCUCUGGACGUUUUUGAAGAAGAUCUACACUUUCAGAAAGGCGCAACAGGGUUCUGAAGACAUCCAAGUAGACGAUCCAGAUGCUGAAGCACCAAUCCCCACCAACAAUUCACUGGAGGAACUUGCUGCCAGAUUGAAAGUCCUACAAAAGAACCGACACACACUGGACUUGGUAUGCGAUAUCUUUUCAGAUUUCCGGGUCCAAAAGCUUGGGUACAUGAUCUACUUCGCUGAGAAGCCGCUGCGUGAAAGCCACCUUGCCGUUUUGGAGGCAACCAAAGGGCGUGCAGCCAACAUCCAACUGCAAGCAGGGUGGACAAACAAAUCUUUUGCUGCUGUCACUUUGGCAGUUUUGAGCAACCUACAGGACGAACACGUUUUGGGAAGACUCCAGGUUCUUGACGCACCUUUGGACGAACAAGGACUGAAACAAUCGAGGGAGGAUUGCCAGGCUUUCAUGAAGCUGUGUGUGGCGAUGGCCGCGCAACGUGCUUGGACUAUGAUGGUGCAUCGCGUGUGCCAACCUGAUAGUUGGAUGGGACUUCUUGACGACAGUCUAGAACUUCGACGUGAGGCCUCUGCAACACUUCCAAAGGAUGCUGAAAUCAUCGCACGGGCUUGGGAGCUUCUGCAAGCAAAGGAUCCAUCAAUCGACAUUCCGGAGCUAUGGGAGCACGGCAAGAAGUGGAACUGGGACUACGCGUCAAUCCACGCCCACAUUUUCAGACUUUGCGAUACUUUGGUAUCUUCCAAGGAGUGUGUUGAAGACCUGUUUGGGAAAGGUGCAGACCUGAAACCUGCAAACAAAAACCCGUUUAAGGAGGCAACUUACCCCCUGCCUCCUGGCGGUCAUUUUGCGGUUGCGGGUGUGAUUGUCAGCCAGGAAGUGGCACAAAGGAUGGGCGAUGAGGCUAUCCAUGAGUUGGGAACGCAUUUGGUAACCGCUUCAGUUACCAUCCUCAGAGGUAACCAAGAUUUGGUUCCGGUGCCACCCACCCUCUUGCUACUGCAUUGCAUGUUGAUGGGGAUCCCUGACACCCAGCAAGAGUUCCUCAAAUGCCUCUAUGAUGACUGGUGCCAGAAGAAGGGGCUCAAAGAGAUUCGGACUGACCCGAAGCAUUCCCUGAUUGGUGAUGUGCCAGUGGAUCCAACCGAAGAAUCUGUUGCGACCCUUUUUGAACCCAUAGCGAUGGUGCUAGCCCAGUUUGGGACACAGCCGCCAUAUCUUUCGAAAUUCAAAGCUGCCUUCAUGCACAUCUGCGAGCUGCAUGCGUUGUUUCCUGCAUCGGCUUUGCAGAAGGACGUGGUGUCAUGGGCCGACUUUGAAUCCAGCACUUUCAGGCAACAUAUCGUCUAUCUGAAUCGAUUGUGGAGAAAGACCCGUUUCAGAUCCAAGUCAGAGCAAGUCCAAGUCUUGAAGGACAUCUUGAAUACCAAGUAUCCGUUGGAAGAGGCUGACCCUCCCACUGGUGAGACGCCUCCAGCCGAUCAUGGUGAUUCCAAUGCUGAUGCUCCUGACAGCACUGGCAGUUCUGAGGGUGAUGGGUCUGGGCCUGGUGGUGAUGAGGAGAUGGCUGAACCAGCCCCUUCAGUUGAAGCUGUUGUGACAUCAAGCAGUGGGGCCCCUGUGGACACCAUGGAAACAUUGGUGCUGGACCAAGGGUCUGACAAUGCUGAGCCAGCUGAUGUUUAUGGCACUCCAGUUGAACAUGUGACGAAUGAGGCUCCUGAUGCUGAUGGUGAUGGAGACAGCAAUCCUGAGGACACUGGUGAUGUUCACCCUGAAGCUAGCCACACAACGCAGGAUGAGGUUCCGGAUCCUGACAGCGGAGCUGGCCAUGACUCUGAAAUGGUCGUUCCCGAGGUCGCUGAAGCUCCCGCAGCUGAGAAUGAAGAGGUCACACAUGAGAGCGAACCUAUCCAAGAUUCUGAGGCUGCACUGAUGGCGGACGUUGGUGACAAAGCUGAAGAUCUUGGUGCCCUGUGUGCUUCCCCUGAAGUUCUUGGUGCCCCAUGUGAUGCUGAAGAUCGUGGUGACUCAUGUGAUGCUGUGCCUUCUCUUGAAGACGCCCCUGAAAACACACCCCAGGAGCUGCCAGGAGCAACGAAGCCUAGGCGACAGAAGACACGUGAACAAGCUCGUGGCUCUGGCGCAGAUGAUCCUGGUGCUUCUGGCAGAGGACGUGGACGGGGCAAGGGGAGAGGCAAAGGCAAAGGCAGAGGAAGACAGGUACAGGAGGAUGACCAGCAGGCAGGCACCACUGAAGAGCAGGUGAAAGGCAGGCGCAAAGGGAAAGGGAAAAAAAGGUUGGCAGAGGUUGAGGUUCAGGACCUGGAGCAACAGGAAGGUCACCAGCAGGAACCACCCUCCGGCUCCAGCGGCCCUGGCAAGGGUAGGGGGAAGGGGAAAGGUAAGGCGAAGGCCAAGGCCAAGGCUGAGGCUAAAGGAAAGGCAAAAGCAAAGGCGACGGCGAAGGCAAAGGUGGAACCCAAACCUCAUGUUGUAGAUGAAGCAGAGAAACAGAAGAUCAAAGACUCCCUGCCAAACCUGAACUUCUACAAGGUGACUAUCUACUGGACCCGUGGAGAUGUAGGAGUUGAGCAAAAGCAAAGGAGACAGGCUGAUGGGACACUUCAGAACAAAGAACCGGUGGCAUUCCUCAGCAUGAAAGUGUACCCCCAUGCUUCCCUUGCCACGGUGGUGGAUAUCUGCGCCUCACUGGCCAUUUGCACUGGACAAUGGAGUAGCCGUUGA